UUAGAGGCUUUUUACAAGGGAGGAAAAAGAACAUAUUUUUAGGAAAGAGUGUGAAGUGGGCAUUACUCACAGAGACACGGGGAAAGAGAAGGUGUGGGCUGUGGGGCGAGCUGUCCGUGAUUGUUGCAGCAUGGCAGAGGUGGAGGGAAGGUGCAUGGAGACCAAACCCACGAACAAGAAGAUAAGCAUCAAAUGGAGAACCAGUGUCUUGCCAAGAAAGUUCCAGGUUUCUGCUCCUUUCGCUAUGGAUUGGCUAUCGUUUUGCACUUCUGUAACGUUUUCAUCAUGGCUCAGAGAGUGUGCCUGAACCUCACCAUGGUAGCCAUGGUGAACAGAACAGAGACACUCCAUUUACCCAAUGGAUCUGCAGUGGAGAGACUCGAUGAUGUGAAGAACCCUGUGUAUUCCUGGAGUCUUGAUAUUCAAGGGCUUAUCCUCAGUUCUGUCUUCUUUGGUAUGGUCGUGGUUCAGAUUCCUGUUGGGUACCUAUCUGGACUAUAUCCAAUGAAGAGAAUACUUGGGUUUUCAAUGCUCCUCAGCUCUGUGUUAUCCAUGCUUAUCCCACCAGCAGCCCAAGCUGGAGCAGCUUUGGUCAUUGCGUGUCGAGUACUCCAGGGAGUAGCCCAGGGGAUAGUGUCAACAGGCCAACAUGAAAUAUGGGUCAAAUGGGCACCUCCCUUGGAACGAAGCCGACUUACCUCUAUGACUUUAUCAGGAUUUGUAAUGGGACCAUUUAUUGUCCUUCUUGUGAGUGGAUUCAUCUGUGAUCUUCUGGGUUGGCCCAUGGUUUUCUACAUUUUUGGUAUUUUUGGCUGUAUCCUGAGUCUUUGCUGGUUUCUUCUGUUCUAUGAUGACCCCAAGGACCACCCGUAUAUGAGCAGCAGUGAGAAGGCCUACAUCACAUCCUCUCUUCCCCAGCAGGUCAGCUCACGCAGACAAUCUCUGCCAAUCAAAGCUAUGCUUAAGUCUCUUCCGCUCUGGGCUAUUAUCCUCAAUACCUUUGCUUUCAUAUGGUCCAACAGCCUCCUGGUUACGUACACUCCAACAUUUAUCAACACGGUGCUUCAUGUUAACAUUAGAGAGAACGGACUGCUGUCCAGUCUCUCCUAUCUGCUUGCUUACAUCUGUGGCAUCGUAGCAGGUCAGCUGGCAGACUUCCUCCUGUCCCGGAAGAUUUUCAGCGUAGCUAACGUGCGGAAACUCUUCUCUACGCUAGGGAUUCUCUCUCCUGUGAUCUUCAUCAUGUGCCUGCUCUACCUGAGCUCCAGCUUCUACAGCACCAUCAUCUUCCUGACACUCGCCAACUCGACACUCACCUUUUCCUUCUCUGGACAGCAUAUCAAUGCCCUGGAUAUUGCUCCCAGCUAUUAUGGAUUUAUUAAAGCAGUUUCAGCUCUAAUUGGAAUGAUUGGAGGCCUAAUUUCUUCAGCUGUAGCUGGGUUAAUCCUUAAUCAGGAUCCAGAAAAUGCCUGGCAUAAAAUCUUCUUCUUGAUGUCAGGCAUUAAUGUGACGUGCCUAACUUUCUACAAUGUAUUUGCUAAAGGAGAAAUUCAGGACUGGGCUAAAGAAACAAAAAGCACACGACUGUGAAGGGGAGACAUGCGAAAAUGGCAUGGAUAACCUGUCACUGGACAAGAAAGAUGACUUGAGAAAAGUCUCCUAGCCUACACUAAUUUCUUUGCGGUGCUGGCACACUCUCUGCAGGACAACUCUCCAGUGACAUCUCUGUGUGUUUUGUUUUCCCGUUUCUACAAAAGUUAAUAGAAAACUGAGCGCUUACGAAGCACGAGGUCAGAGUCCUUAUUAAAAGGAAGAGGAACCUAUGUGAGACUCCCAUCCCCAGGGAGCCACCAACCCCAGGAGGGGGUGGCGUGAGGAUCCUGGGAGGCCAGUCUCACUCGCUUUAGUUUGUGUACUUCUUCUGCACUGCGUAUUGUAUGCGACAAGUUACGUGUCUGAGUUUAAAGGUGGAUUUAUUUAUCUGUCCUCCUCUAUGAUCCAAUAAACAAACAUAAGAUGAAAUUUUA